CACGUGACGUUAUAUAACUGAUGGCAGAUGAAGCCAACCGGGAUGCGCUAGACGCGAUUGAGGUAGAAUUACGUCGCGAGCCUCGACUACAGAAGGCACACCCUGUGAAUGGCAUCCCAGCUUCUUGUAGAAGGGUGAAGCUUUAUGAGCUCUAUGGCACCAAUGAAGCCUGGGUUGACAAAGGCACUGGUUACUGCCAUAUUAAGGAAACCGGUGACGAAGACAGCCCUCAAAUAGUUAUUGAGCUUGAACAGGACGGCAAGACCAUUAAAGUGGUUUCCAAUAUACAGAGUAAUACCAAUUAUUCAUCUCAAAAUGACUCCAUUAUUAUAUGGCAAGAGAGUGGCGAUGAGCGUCUUCACAGGGCGCUAUCGUUCCAGAAUGUGGUUGGACACAAGUCGUUUUGGAGUUACAUCAGCGGCUUAGUUGACGAGAAGCGUAUUCAAGGGUGCAAGGAACGUGACGGUACGGGUAUAGAUGGUGAUGUUGAGAACGAUGGCGACAAGUCGUCUCCGAAUAGUUCCAUGGUUGAUGACGCCCAUUCACCCAAGCUUGGUGCUAAAUGUGGCACUGGUUAUCGUGCGCUACCGACCCCGUCAGCGCCUGAGCUCCGGAAGCUGGAGACUACUAUUGACGCCAUGUUGGCGCAGGCGUCGUUGUCCGACUUGAUAUUCAUGGACCUACUUGAGAAGAAGUGGCUUUUGGAGGCCUUUACCGUGAUGAACCGCUGUGUAGAUAUCGGUGACCUAUCCACCCUAUCGGCUAUAGCUUCUGUAAUGUCCAGGCUUAUGCUAAAUUGGUGUGGCAACCUUGAGUUAAUGCACGUGUUCGUCAGUGACGAUAUAUUUUUUGACCUCUUGCGUGCUUUUGAAUAUGACGGCGAGUUGCUAUCACAGAACUUAAGUCUGGAGCAUGUAAAGUUUUUCAAGGAGCAUGUGAAGCACCAUGACGUUGUAGUUUUGGGCAACCCUGCUUUCUACAAGUUGGUUCACUCCAGCUAUCGCAUUGAGUACCUCAAGGAUGUAGUGCUCCCAAGGCAGCUUGAUGAAUUUGCUAUUCAGCGAUUGAAUAGCGUGAUUUUUUCCAAUACCAAUGAGAUACUGAACACUAUAUCCAGUGACGGUCGUGGUUUUGUCGAGUCGUUGAAGGAUCAGUUGGCCAACAACUACAUGGCUGCAAUGUUGCUUAGGGAGCUGCUGAGCACCGCUAGGUGUUCCCAAGGCGUGAAUCAACCAGAUCGCAUUUCAUUAUUACUCCUGAUUAAGCACAGUCAGCUAUUAAACGAGCUUUCGGGUUACCUUGACAAUACGGCCCCGGCCUGCAAGAACUUUGAGGAGACCAUUAAGCCUAUAAACGACCAUGCGGAGCGUGAAUACAACUCGCUAAAGUGCACUUUUGUAUCUUCACAAAACCACCGUCCCGAUCUUUUGGGCAGCCGGCGUCACCAUUUAGUUGACCCCGUGGCACUGGCCGUUGAGAUUUUCAACCUAUGCCUGGAGGUAUUCCCCUCAAUUGUUAGGACCGCUGUCUUUUCAGAUGCUGAGGCUAAGGGCGAGCCAGCCUUGCUAUUUGCGCUUUGCGACGUCCUUGCGACCAAUGCCCAUGAAGGUGUACAGACACAGACCAAGGAUAUCUUCGUACGGUUGCUGGACCCCAAGAACAUGGACUUGCCCGAGAAGGAUGAGAUGUGCUCACUAUUCUAUGAUAACGGCGUUUUGGACUGCAUAGUUGACAGAAUAUUCGGUCCUAACGUCCCAGAUUCGAGGAUAAUACGUGUUGCGAAGGUGCACGCCAUUGACCUGCUUUCGCUAUGUGCCAAGGAGCAUAGGCACAGGUUCAAGCUCCGUGUACAGAGCCACAAGCUGCCUCUACGCGUGCUUUCAAGCUGUUUACGGCCGUUUGACAAGUUUGUUGCUGUGGGAGCCAUGAAGUUCCUUCACGUGUGCAUCAAGAUGAAGGAUGUGAGUGUCGAGCGCCACAUUACCAAGUACCAUUUGCUUAGACCGGUAAUGUGGAUACUGAAGACAAAGGUAAACCCUGGCAAGGACGGUGGAUGCAUGCUUGAAAGUGUAUGUCUAGGCAUAUUAAACACUAUCGACAGCUGGGCCCUUGAUGGGCUGGUUUACUCCUUAUUCGAGGACCCGUUUUGCACUGCCAUCUACUUAGAGCUGAAGCGUUGCUACUCACACUGCUGCGAGAACUUUGUGUUCAACAACAUGGAGCGUAUGUUUCGUUUCUCUAGGGUCGGUGGUCAGGAGGACAACAGCAAGAAACGUAGCAUUUUUGUGGACCCCGAUAGGUGGUUCGAGGAAGAUGAUGAGGAUGACUCAGACCAGGUUAAGCAAAAUACAUCGCACUCUGGAGGCAAUUUGGUCGACGGAUACGAUGACGACGAUGACUACAGUGCUAAACGAGGUCUCAUGAGCGUUGAUAAGUCACUAGUAUCAACAUCUAUACACGACGAUAACGGGGAUGACGAGGUGAUGGAGCCUUUACACAAGGUACGGCGUAAAGGCCCUGAGGACAAGGUUGAGCUCUUUGACUUCACCUUUAAAGCGGCCAAGAGCACUAAGAUCAAUGUGUUACUGGAUAUUGGUCGUAAGAAGCCCCCUUCAGGCGAAAGCCUCGCGAGUGACUUUGUCUUAGAUUCAAGCGAUUGAA